GCUCAAAUGAAGGCUUGGUGUUCGUUAUGUGAAGCUGCCUUCUGAGUCGAAUAUUACCAUCAGAAUUACUUUUAUUCAUAAGAUUCUGAAUUAAGACAGAACUUCAUUGAAAGCAGAAUUUCAGUCUUCAACUGAAGCCAUCGGCCAUGGAUAUCAGAGACAUACUCUGCCUUUGCUUUAGCAUUGUUGCAUUUUUAACAAAGACAAUAAUUUGUACUACAUGUCCAGCUUUGUGUCGUUGUGAUAAUGGAUUUAUUUACUGUAACGAUAGAGGUCUCACUUCCAUUCCUGCAGAAAUACCUGACGAUGCCACAACUCUGUAUUUGCAAAACAAUCAAAUUAACAAUGCAGGAAUCCCAUUAGAUAUGAAAAACAAACUAAAUGUGAAAGUCAUCUAUCUUUAUGAAAAUGAUCUGGAUGAGUUUCCUGUAAACUUGCCCAGGUCACUCAAGGAGCUCCAUUUACAGGACAACAACAUCAGGACAAUUUCCCGGGAUGCCCUUGCAAGAAUUCCAUUGCUGGAAAAACUUCAUCUGGAUGAUAAUUCAGUAUCUACUGUAAGCAUAGAGGAUGAUGCUUUUGCAGACAGCAAACACCUAAAAUUGUUAUUUCUGUCUCGCAAUCACCUGAGCAGUAUACCAACAGGCCUGCCUAAAACACUGGAGGAGUUGAGACUUGAUGAUAACAGAAUUUCCACUAUUCCACAAUAUGCUUUUAAGGGGCUUAGCAAUCUAAGACGUCUGGUUUUGGAUGGCAACUUAUUGGCCAAUCAAAGGAUUGCUGAUGACACAUUUAGUAGACUGCAAAACCUUACUGAACUUUCUUUGGUAAGAAAUUCACUUGUAACGCCACCACUUAACCUACCAAGCUCUCAUCUACAAAAACUUUAUCUCCAGGAUAAUGCCAUUAGUCACAUCCCCUACAAUACACUGAGUAAAAUGAGACAGCUACAAAGACUGGACUUAUCCAGCAAUAAUCUUACUAGCUUACCUAAAGGACUUUUUGAUGAUCUUGACAGCUUAUCCCAGCUUUUAUUGCGAAACAAUCCAUGGUACUGUGGAUGCAACCUUUUGUGGCUGAGAGACUGGGUCAGGAUAAAAUCUUCUGAAGUCAAUGUCCGUGGCUUAAUGUGCCAGGCACCUGAGAAAAUUCGUGGAAUGGCAAUAAAAGAUAUCACCACUGAAAUGGAUGAGUGUUUGGAUCCCGGGUUACAAAAUAAUGUGAUUCCUCCCAAAACCACAACAAGCAUUCAUACAGCUACAACACCUCAAGGCUCACUCUUCACACUCAAAUCCAAAAGACCAGGCAUCAGGAUACCAGAUUCAAAUAUUGAUUAUCCUAUGACAACAGGCUCUGGCACUAAGGCAUUAAUAAUCAAUGUCAAACCUCUGACUGCUGAUUCAAUAAGAAUAACAUGGAAAUCACUGUUGCCUGCAACGUCAUACAGACUUAGUUGGCUCCGUUUAGGUCACAGUCCAGCUGUAGGAUCUAUUACUGAGACCCUUGUGCAAGGGGACAAAACUGAGUACCUCCUCACAGCACUUGAACCAAAAUCAACCUACAUUAUUUGUAUGGGUACCAUGGAGGCUGGCGAAACAUAUGUAGGGGAUGAAAAUACUGUAUGUGCAAAGGCUGAAACUACCGAAAGCUAUAACCCUUUAACAACUUUAAACAGGGACCAAAAUGCAGACCAGAUAAUUGGCCUUCCUUUGGCAGGUAUCAUUGGUGGAGCAGUGGCAUUGGUUUUUCUUUUCCUUGUUCUUGCAGCUUUUUGUUGGUAUGUUCAGAAAACAGGACAACUCUUUACUCGUGACCAGAAUUACAGUCGAGGAAAUAGGAAAAAAGAUGAUUAUGUUGAAUCAGGCACCAAAAAAGACAAUUCUAUUUUGGAAAUUAGAGGCCCUGGUUUUCAGAUGGCACCUCUAAAUAAUCAGCCACGACCUAAAGAAGAAUAUGUUAUACAUGCCAUAUUUCCAUCCAAUGGGACAAGUCUUUACAAGAGCACACACACCAUAGGAUAUGGCACCAAUCGAGGGUACAGAGACGCUGAUAUUCCAGACAUUGAUUACUCAUAUACGUGAUGGAAUGGUUUCUGGUUCACAAAGAUGACUAAUGCUGCACUGAUAUUUAGAAAAAAAAUGACUAUUUUCAAGCAGAAUAGCUUGGGACAAUAUUUUGUAAGAAAAUAAAAAUUACAUAAAAAGACAUAAUUUAUAUUUAAUAUGCCAGAUACAAUACAAACACAAGACACUUGUUAAUGGGAGAAAACUACCUACAAAUUUGUGUAAAUUUCAAGUUUUCUUCAGGGAUGGGACAAAACAGAAGCAAAAAACUACAUUUUCAUAACAGGUUUCUGGCUGCUAGCUUUUGAAAAAAUAUGAUGUUUCAAAGAUGGACAAUAAAAAUAAAGUUUUUUUAUUA